AACCAGGGUAAGCUGGAGGACAAUAAAAGGUGUAUGAAGUACCCAUUUCAUCUGAACUGCGAAGUGUUCACACAUCCAGUUACUUCAGCGUCUGCCUUUCGGGAUCAGUGACAGUGUGUUGCUGUCAUAGCAAAGAUGAAGAGGUGCUUUGGGCUUUUGCUUGUGUCGCUCAUCUUUUGCGCAAUGUUCUGUGAGACUAUCGGGAUGGUUACUGCGGCAAAGGAGAAGAGGGGCUGGACUCUCAAUAGUGCUGGCUACCUUUUAGGUCCCCGUCGGAUAAUUCAGAUAAAGGAUUCACCCAGUGCCAGAGGCAGAGACAAGCUGAUCACUCAAUAUGGAAUAGAUGGACACAGGAUACUGGGAGAUAAGCCUGGUCUUGCUGGCAAGAGAGACAUGGACUGGGAGGAAAACAUCCAAACUGGUGGCCAAAGGAAAGCGGAAGAAGACAUUGUCCACACCCUCAUGGACUUCCUGUCAUACCUCAAAUUUAAAGAAAUGGGAGCCUUGCAAAGCCUGACUUCUUCUGUGACAUCAGAUGAAAUGGCUAAUCCAUAGCCACGUCACCCUUCGCUCUCUAACCUCCUCUACCCAAUAUUUUGUUUUGCUCUAACUUUUGUUACUUUAGAGCAGGGAUGUCCAAAGUCUAGGUACUCACAUCUAAUGUAAUAUCAGAACACGUCAUUAACACCACGCAACUUCAUUUUUUUUUUUUUUUGUGGGGAGUUGAUGAUAUCGGAGUGUCCUGGCAGACAUACCGAGAUGCUGUUGUUUUUUAAAAGGUUUAUUGCAUUGCAAUGGUUUUAUAUUGAGCUUUUCUAUAUUAGGCUUGUUAGAAAGCAAAGAGAAGAUAACAAAUUGGAGGAAGCAAUUCAUGUCAUAAAAUUUGAUAUCAUUUAACAAAGGAUGACAAAUUUCACGAUUCUUCAUGACUAAAUUCAGCAACACAGUGUAACUAUUUACAUAAUUAUGUACGUAAACCCAGGUAAUUCACCUGGAUUUCUAUAUAAACUGAUUACAACAUGCGAUCUAAAAAAGUCUGUUUAAACUAAUACCACAGACAAAAAAAAGUGUUUUUGUUUUUAUUGGAUACACCACAUAAGCAUUCACAGUGCAGGGUGGAAAAUUUAAAUCCCUAGGCUAAUGACUUGACUUAAUCAGAGUCAGGAGUCAACUACCCUCGAGUCCAAUUAAUAUGACGAGACUGGAGGUGUUGGUUAAAGCUGCCCUGCCCAAUAAAAACACACACACACACGCACACGCACGUUCCAGUUCUGAAGAAACAUUGCCAGACGUAAACCAUUCCAGAUCGUCUAUAGAUGGAGGAAGUUCAGCACUGUUGCUACUCUCCCUAGGAGUGGCCAUUCUGUAAAGAUGGCUGCAAGAGCACUGCACAGAAUGCUCAUUGAGAUGAACAAAUAUACAAAGCGCUGGCUGAAGGCUUACAGAAGUCUAUGGAACAUGCAAACAUCUAUGAUAAGUAAAACACAAACAAUGGAUAUCUUUGGAAGGCACCACAGACGAAGCCACUGCUGUCAAAAAACACAAGUUUGAGGUUGGCAGAAGCGCGCCUGGACGUCCCACAAUACUACUGGUAAACUAUUGUUGGGACAGAUGAAACCAAAGUUGAGUUUCUGGGAAGGAACACACCAUCUAAACUUCAUGCCAGCUGUGAAGUACGGUGAACGGGGCGUCAUGUUUUGGGACAGUUUGGCUGCCUCAGGACCUGGAUGUAUAGCAUUUUUGCAGGAGGACCAUCUGCAUGCCAAUCGAAUUUUAACUGAAGAUCGGUGAUGAAAUAGAACAAAAAUCCCAGGGACACAAGUAAAUGAGCAACUGAAUGUCUUCAACAGAAGAAAAUAUGCCUUCUGGAGUGGCCCAGUCAGACUAUUGACCUCAUCCCGAUUGAGAUUCUUUAGCAUGAUCUCAAGAGAGCCUCAAGAGUAUAACGUUGAACUGAAAUGGUUCAUUCCUCCUAACGAUGGUGCAGGUUUGAUCUGCUACUACAGUAAAUGUUUGGUGGAGUUUACUGCCUCGGGAGGCUCAAACAGUUACGAAAUCGAUUCAGUUACCAUUCACAUACUUUUCCCACCCUUCACUGUGACGUUUACAUGCCGUGUGGUUGUUGUGUGGUAUUUAAGAAAACUGUUUGUGUUUUGAAUUUACAGUAAAUCAAAACCAGAUUACAGUUUAUGACCUAUUGAUGCAAAAAUUCAGGUAUUUCCAAAGGGUCCAGAAGAUAAAUUUUCUUGCAACAGUAUACAUACUCUACGGCUGCAGUAUAUACACAUGGAUAAAAUUGCUAUCAACUUUCUGUUCAAGAAAGAUGAAGCCACAAAGGUCACUGAAAUUAUUUGAAACUGACAGCAGUAAUAUUAAAUCAAAACUCACUUAAAAUCAGGUAUUGCUUUAUUUUUGUAAUCCAAAAGAAACUGGCCCUGACAAAAAUGAUUGUUUUAAAAGUAAUGCUUUGUUGCCCAACCUCUUAUGCCAAUCAAUGCAAUACAUCAACUUCUGUGAUUUAAUGAGACAGGUGCAACUACUACAGGUAUUAUGGCCCAAUCCUCAUAAGCAAACUGCUACACCUGUCAGGUUGAAAAGGUACCUUCUCCUGGUUUGCGUUUUUCAGCUCCUUCCACAAAUGUUCAAUAAAAUUCAUAUCAGGGCCCUUCAAAAUAGUCUGACGUUUUGUUGUCAGCUAUUGUAAGGUCGUCUUAGCUAUGUGUUUUGGCUCAUUUUCUUGUUGGAGGAUACAUGAUCUGCGACUUAAAGCAGCAGCACAUUUCGUUCCAGUCAAUUAAAGGUGAAGAAUGUCAAUGUGGCAACUUUUGAUUUUUAUGUGUGUUCGGACACCCCUGCUUUAGAGUAAUCAUAUUUGUAUUUCUUACAUUACUAUGAAUUAGAUUGUGUUUAGCAAAGCUUGGUUGUCUCCCUGUACAUAUGAUAUUAAUUGAUGAGAUGAGAUGAGAUUAAUAGCAUACUUCUCAGAUGUAAAUAAAUAUUAUCACCACAGAGUCCUAAAGACGUAGGGUAAAUGAAGGAACUGCUCCCAUACUGUAAUGUCUCCCAAUGUGCUAUCAUCAUAUUGAAGACAAUGGAGUGAAAUAAAGAAAC